CUCUCGACAACUGUUUGCUGUGACUACCCAUUCAUCCCCGACAACAACAUGAAGGCCAUCCAGAUUUCAAAGUACCAGCACCCGAGCAAGCUCGAGAUCUCCAACAUCGCCGCGCCGGUGCCCAAGGACGGCCAGGUGCUGGUCGACAUCUACGCUGCGGGGCUCAACUUUUUCGACAUCCUCCAGGCGCAGGGCAAGUACCAGCUCCAGCCCCCGUUCCCCUUCGUCCUCGGCGCCGAGAUCGCAGGCCGGAUCAGCGCCAACUCGCCCAUCCCGCCCGGCUCGCCCUUCAAGCCGGGCGACCGCGUGCUCGGGUACACGCAGGGCGCGUACGCCGAGCAGGUUGCCGUGGACCCGAUCCAGCUGCUGCCUGUGCCGGACAACAUUAGCCUCGAGCAGGCUACGGGGGUUUACUUGACCUACCCCACAUCCUACGAAGGCCUCGUGGGCCGCGCGCACGCCCAGCCGGGCGAGUGGGUGCUCGUGCUCGCGGCCGCCGGCGGUGUCGGCCUCGCCGCCGUCCAGAUCGCCAAGAUGCUCGGGUGCAAGGUCAUCGCUGCUGCUGGCAGUGCCGAAAAGCUCAAGAUUGCCGUCGAGCGCGGCGGCGCCGACGCGACCGUCGACUAUGGCAAGGAGGGGUGGCAGAAGGAGGUGCUCAAGAUCACUGGUGGGGCGGGUGUCGACGUCGUGUAUGACCCCGUGGGCAUGCUCGUGCCCUCGCUCAAGUGCGUCAACUGGAACGCGCGGUUGAUUGUUGUGGGCUUUGCCGCGGGCGCGAUUGAGAAGGUCCCCGCCAACCUCCUCCUCCUCAAAAACGUCGCCGUCGUCGGCCUGCACUGGGGCGCGACAGCCAAGAAGGACCCAGCGCGCUACGCCGAGGUCAUCCAGAUUGUGCUCAAGCACAUCCGCAACGGCGACCUCGUGCCCCAGGUCUUCGACCCGCUCUACGAGGGCCUGCAGAGCGUGCCCCGCGGCCUGGUGGACAUUGAGAAGCGCAAGACGUGGGGCAAGGCCGUCGUGCGCAUCCGCAAGGACGCGACUGAUGCCAAGCUCUAGUAGUAGUGGUUGUAGGAUGAUACAUCAAGUUGUGCAGUG